AUGGCCUUUUCUCGCUACCUUAUCAUCCUGGCACUUGUCACAGGAUGCAUCCUUCCUUCUGGUGUCCAGGCUCUCUGGCCCAUCCCAACUACCCUCGAGACCGGCAUGACUACCCUCAAAAUUUCCCCCACAUUCUACUUUGAUGUGCAGAUUGAAGGCGCGCCGUCGGAUUUACAUGAUGCGGUUACACAAUCACAGUACUAUCUCGAAAACGACAAACUCGGACGUCUCGUUGUAGGCCGCGGCGCAAAUGAUACUACCGCACUUGCUAAUGCGAGGACACUGUCAAAGUUGACGCUGUCUCUCGCGAGUGGAGCUGCUGUAGAGCCCAUUUCUUCAGAAGCUAUCAAGCCCCUGGGAACCCGUAGCGAGGAGUACGCACUGAUCAUUCCAGCAGAUGGCUCGGCUGCUACUUUGAUAGCGAACUCGACGUUGGGUCUGUAUAGAGGACUCACCACUUUUAAUCAGCUUUUCUACUACUAUAGAGGAGUAACUUAUACUUUACUCGCUCCGAUUUCUAUCAAAGAUACUCCUGCAUAUCCUUUCCGGGGAUUAGGACUGGAUACAUCGAGAAAUUACUAUCCGGUCAGCGACAUUCUGCGAACGUUGGACUGCGAUGAGCUGGGUGAAGCUAUACAGAUCAACACUUUCCACUGGCAUAUCACGGAUAGUCAGAGCUUUCCACUCGAAGUCGCACAGUACCCAGAACUUGCCAUCAACGGUGCAUACUCUCCUCAAGAAGUUUACACAGCGAGCGAUGUCCAAUACAUCGUGGAGUAUGCUGCUGCAAGAGGCAUCGAUGUUAUGAUGGAAAUCGAUACACCCGGCCACACCGCUAUCAUUGCAGCCACUUACCCCGAAUAUCCCGUGGCAGACUUUGCCAACGAGCCCCCUGCCGGCCAGCUUCGUUUUGCACUCCCAGAGGUCAUGAACUUCACUGCUUCCUUACUUACAAGCGUCGCAAAGGUCCUCCCUUCGCACUAUUUCAGCACCGGCGGCGAUGAACUUAACACGAACUGUUACGCCAAUGACUACCUAACGGAGCAGCAGCUCAACAGAACCGGCAUGACGCUAAACGGUGCUCUUGACGCGUUCACACAGACCACUCACGGUGCAUUGAUUGCCCAGGGAAAGACGCCCGUCGUAUGGGAGGAAAUGGUCCUCGAUUGGAAUAUUACACUCUCAAACGAAACUAUUGUGAUGAUUUGGAUUUCUUCUGCAGAUGCUGCAGCAGUGGCAGGAAGGGGUUUCAGGAUCAUCCAAGCACCAUCAAAUUACUUCUACCUGGAUUGUGGUGCUGGUGAAUGGCUGGGAGACGACCCAACUGGAAAUAGCUGGUGCGACCCCUUCAAGACCUGGUCCGAGGCAUAUACCUUUGAUCCGUUGGCAAACUUGACCGAGGCGCAGUACGAACUUGUUCUCGGAGGCGAGCAAAUUCUAUGGAGUGAACAGUCUGGUCCCCAAAAUGUCGACUCGAUCGUGUGGCCACGCGCUGCAUCAUCAGCAGAAAUUUUCUGGAGUGGGAAGCAGCCCACUGGCGCUGCACUCAACGUCACCGAGGCACUUCCUCGUUUGCAUGACGUCAGGUACAGAAUGGUACAGCGCGGCAUCAAUGCCAUCCCACUCCAGCCACAGUGGUGUGCGCUUCGACCGGACGCGUGCGAUAUAUACGCUUGA